AUGCCUGAGAUCACGAACGGUCAUGGCAGCUCAUAUGCUGCAAAGCAUAAUAUCCCAUCACAUUUCAUCGGCGGUAACAGCUUAGAGGUAGCGCCACCGGGGGCUGUCAAGGACUUUGUUGCUCAGCACGAUGGUCACUCCGUCAUUACCUCAGUCUUGAUUGCAAACAACGGCAUUGCUGCCGUUAAGGAGAUCAGAUCGGUCCGGAAAUGGGCCUAUGACACAUUCGGUGAUGAACGCGCAAUUCAAUUCACAGUGAUGGCAACCCCGGAGGACCUUCAGGCGAAUGCGGACUAUAUCCGCAUGGCCGAUAGAUAUGUGGAAGUUCCCGGAGGUACCAAUAACAACAAUUUUGCUAAUGUCGAGCUCAUUGUCGAUGUUGCGGAGAGAACAGGAGUUCAUGCAGUCUGGGCCGGCUGGGGACAUGCUUCGGAAAAUCCAAAACUGCCAGAAUCGUUAGCCGCCUCUCCUAAGAAGAUUAUCUUCAUUGGCCCGCCAGGAUCAGCCAUGAGAUCCCUUGGUGACAAGAUCUCUUCUACCAUCGUUGCACAACAUGCCGGAGUCCCGUGCAUUCCAUGGUCCGGUUCGGGAGUUGACGAGGUUACGAUUGACGACAAUGGCAUUGUUACCGUCGAAGAUGACAUCUACGAUCGAGGAUGCACACAUUCUCCUCAGGAAGGCUUAGAAAAAGCUAGAGCUAUCGGCUUUCCAGUGAUGGUUAAAGCGUCCGAAGGUGGCGGCGGAAAAGGUAUUCGCAAAGUGGAAAGGGAGGAUGAUUUCAUCAAUCUCUACAACGCCGCUGCCAGUGAAAUUCCCGGUUCGCCCAUUUUUAUCAUGAAACUUGCUGGGAAUGCCAGGCAUUUAGAGGUCCAAUUGCUGGCCGAUCAGUAUGGAAAUAAUAUUUCGCUUUUCGGCAGAGACUGCUCCGUCCAGCGCCGUCACCAAAAGAUCAUCGAAGAGGCACCUGUCACGAUUGCGAAAUCUUCUACUUUCCAGGCGAUGGAACGCGCCGCCGUGAGACUCGGCAAACUCGUCGGAUAUGUCUCGACUGGUACUGUGGAAUACUUGUAUUCCCAUGCCGAUGACAAGUUCUACUUCCUAGAGCUAAACCCUCGUCUCCAAGUCGAACAUCCAACCACUGAGAUGGUCACUGGUGUUAAUUUGCCAGCUGCUCAGCUUCAAAUUGCCAUGGGUAUUCCCUUACACCGUAUCAGAGAUAUUCGCCUUCUCUAUGGUGUCGAUGUCAAUACCAGUUCCGAAAUCGAUUUUGAUUUCUCGAAUGAGGAAAGUCUCAAAGCUCAGCGGCGUCCUCAGCCAAAGGGACACACAACGGCCUGCCGUAUUACUUCUGAGGAUCCUGGCGAAGGCUUUAAGCCGUCCAGUGGCACGAUGCACGAGCUCAACUUCCGAAGCAGCUCUAACGUAUGGGGUUAUUUUUCCGUUGGAACUUCUGGUGGAAUUCAUAACUUCUCCGAUUCCCAGUUCGGCCACAUUUUUGCCUAUGGAGAAAAUCGAUCCGCGUCAAGGAAACAUAUGGUUAUGGCCUUGAAGGAACUGAGCAUUCGUGGUGACUUUAGAACGACCGUCGAGUAUUUAAUCAAACUCCUGGAAACGCCUGCCUUUGAAGAUAACACAAUUACUACUGGCUGGCUUGAUGAACUUAUCACUAAGAAGCUAACAGCUGAGCGCCCGGACUCCGUGAUUGCUGUUAUUUGUGGAGCUGUGACCAAAGCCCAUGUCGCGAGUGAAGCCUGCAUUGCAGAAUACAAAAAGGGUCUCGAAAAGGGUCAAGUUCCUUCAAAAGAUGUCCUAAAGACUGUAUUCACGAUCGAUUUUAUCUACGAAGACGUCCGAUACAAGUUUACCGCAACUAGAGCAAGCUUAGACAGCUAUCAUCUAUUUAUCAACGGAUCAAAAUGCUUGGUUGGCGUCCGUGCUCUUGCUGACGGGGGUUUGCUUGUUUUGUUGAAUGGGCGAAGUCACAACGUGUACUGGAAAGACGAAGCUGCUGCUACACGCUUAAGUGUCGAUGGCAAAACUUGUCUCCUGGAACAAGAAAAUGAUCCCACACAGCUUAGAACGCCCAGCCCAGGUAAGCUGGUGCAUUAUACGGUAGAAAAUGGGGCGCAUGUCAAAUCCGGUGAAGUCUUUGCUGGAAUCGAGGUUAUGAAGUUGUACAUGCCCUUGGUUGCGCAAGAAGAUGGCGUUGUCCAAUUCAUCAAACAACCAGGUGCUACCUUGCAGGCUGGUGAUAUUCUCGGAAUCCUCACGUUGGAUGACCCAUCCAAGGUGAAACAUGCACAGCCAUUCCUCGGGCAGAUGCCAGAUAUGGGUCUUCCUCAAGUCGUGGGCAGCAAACCUCCGCAGCGAUUCCGGCUUCUUCACAAUAUCUUGCAAGACAUCCUUCUCGGCUUCGAUAACCAGGUGAUCAUGUCUGGUACGCUUGCAGAGUUGGUCGAGGUGCUGAGAGACCCGGAUUUGCCAUAUGGUGAAUGGAACGCGCAUGUUUCCGCUCUUCAUUCCCGGAUGCCGCAAAAACUUGACGCGCAGCUUACUCAGGUUAUCGAAAAGUCCAAGGCCCGAAAGGCCGACUUCCCUGCUGCCCAGUUGAUGAAGACCUUCACUCGCUUCUUGGAUGAAAACGUAGCUCCUGCCGAUGUUGAAAUCCUCAAGGCUACGCUUGCUCCUCUGGUCCAAGUAAUCCAGGACUACACUGAAGGCUUGAGAGCCCAUGAGUACAAUGUGAUCGCUGCCCUUUUGGAGCAAUAUUGGAAUGUGGAACACCUCUUCGCCCAGAGAAACAUCCGUGAUGAAGACGCGAUCCUGAAGCUUCGAGAUGAACACAAGGAUGACAUUAUGAAUGUAAUUCAAACCGUUAUCUCCCACACCAAAGUUGGCGGAAAGAAUAACUUGGUACUGGCAAUUCUUGAGACAUACCGGCCAAACAAACCGACUACGCCAAAUGUCGGGAAAUACUUGAAACCGAUAUUGAAAAAAUUGGCGGAACUUGAAUCAAGGCCUUGUUCCAAGGUUGCACUCAAAGCACGCGAACUUCUCAUUCAAUGUGCUCUACCGUCGUUGGAAGAGCGUAUGGCUCAGAUGGAGCACAUCCUACGAUCUUCGGUCGUUCAGUCGAAGUACGGAGAAACAGGAUGGGACCACAGGGAACCAGAUCUCGAUGUCCUUAAGGAAGUUGUCGACUCAAAGUAUACCGUUUUUGAUGUCCUUCCUCUGUUCUUUGGCCACCAGGACCAGUGGGUAUCGUUGGCUGCUUUGGAAGUCUACGUUCGUCGGGCUUACCGAGCUUACGACCUCCAAGGCGUUCAAUAUCAUAAUGACCAGGAGAUUCCAUUCUUCAUUUCUUGGGAUUUCGUUCUGCGAAAGGUACCUCAGGCAGAGUUCGGGAUGAAUACCGCACUUUCAAACCCCUCUGUUCCGAGCACCCCAACGACAGAAAACAAUCCGUUUAAGAAAAUCAGUUCCAUAAGCGAUAUGUCGUAUUUGGUCAAUAAGGGUGCAAAUGAGCCGGUGCGAAAAGGUGUGCUCAUUCCUGCCCAGUACUUCGAUGAGAUCGAAGAGGUACUCUCUCGAGCUCUAGAGGUAUUCCCUCGUGCCGACCGUGUCCAGAGGCCGGGCUCCAACAACGCCCUCGAGCUAGCUGCCAAGAGAAAACCUCAGCCACGCCCCGAAAAUGACGAACUGGUUGGAGUUUGUAACAUCGCUAUUCGCGACAUGGAAGGACUAGACGACAAAGAAGUCGCUGCCCGUCUCAGCAAGAUUGUGUCUGACUUCAAGGAUGAUCUGCAGUCUCGUUGCGUCCGCAGAAUAACAUUCGUCUGUGGGCAUGGCGACGGAACCUACCCCGGAUACUUCACCUUCAGGGGUCCUGCAUACGACGAAGAUGAAAGCAUUCGCCACAGCGAACCUGCAUUGGCUUUCCAGCUAGAACUCGGCCGACUGUCCAAAUUCAACAUCAGUCCUGUGUUCACCGAAAACAGGAAUAUCCAUGUUUAUGAAGCAAUCGGUAAAGGACCUGCCAAAGAGGCCACCGCUGACAAGCGUUACUUCACCCGUGCUGUUGUACGACCAGGCCGGUUACGCGAUGAUAUCCCCACUGCUGAGUACCUGAUCUCCGAAGCCGAUAACCUCAUGAACGACAUUUUGGAUGCCCUGGAGAUCAUUGGGAACAAUAACUCCGACUUGAACCACAUUUUCAUUAACUUCACCCCUGUCUUCCAACUGCAGCCAUCGGAUGUGGAACAAGCUCUUGCAGGUUUCUUGGAGCGCUUCGGCCGGCGACUUUGGCGCCUGCGCGUAACCGGAGCAGAAAUUCGAAUUCUCUGUACUGACCCUACCACUGGCAUGGCAUAUCCUCUCCGUGUAGUGAUUACGAAUACAUCCGGCUAUAUCAUCCAAGUUGAGAUGUACGUGGAAAGAAAAUCGGAGAAGGGAGAGUGGGUGUUUCACAGCAUUGGUGGUACCACCAAGGUUGGAUCUAUGCACCUUCGGCCGGUCACGACGCCAUACCCCACAAAAGAGUGGCUUCAGCCUAAACGUUACAAAGCUCAUCUGAUGGGAACGCAAUACGUGUAUGAUUUCCCAGAACUGUUCAGACAAGCUUUCCAGAAUGCCUGGAUCGACGCUAUAGCCAGCCAGCCCAGCCUUGCUGAAAAACGACCUCCCCAGGGUGGUUGUAUUGAUUACAGUGAGCUUGUCCUCGACGAUUCUGAUAACUUGGUUGAAGUGUCACGAGAGCCCGGAACCAAUACCCAUGGUAUGGUUGGGUGGAUCGUCACAGCCAGAACUCCGGAAUAUCCUCAUGGCAGGCGCUUCAUCGUUGUUGCCAACGAUAUCACCUAUCAAAUUGGCUCGUUCGGACCAUUGGAAGAUAAAUUCUUCCACAAAUGUACUGAACUCGCUAGGAAAUUAGGUGUUCCGCGAAUUUACCUGUCUGCCAACUCGGGUGCUCGUAUCGGCAUGGCGGAAGAAUUGAUGCCACUCUUCUCUGUUGCUUGGAACGAUCCCAAGAAGCCGGAGGCUGGCUUCAAGUAUCUCUACCUGACUCCAGAAGUUAAGAAGAAGCUGGAUGAGCGAAAGUCGAAAGAUGUCAUCACCGAACUUGUCCAUGAAGACGGUGAAGAUAGAUACAAGAUUACAACUAUCAUCGGCGCCAAGGAUGGGUUGGGUGUCGAGUGCCUGAGAGGUUCUGGUCUUAUCGCCGGAGCUACAUCGAGAGCCUACGAAGAUAUUUUCACGAUCACUCUCGUGACUUGCCGCUCCGUUGGUAUCGGUGCUUAUCUCGUUCGUCUCGGUAACCGUGCUAUCCAGGUUGAAGGACAACCCAUUAUUCUAACAGGUGCUCCUGCCAUCAAUAAACUUCUUGGUCGAGAAGUCUAUACGUCCAAUCUGCAACUUGGUGGGACGCAAAUCAUGUACAAGAAUGGCGUUUCUCAUAUGACCGCCAACGACGAUUUUGAAGGUGUCCAGAAGAUUGUCCAGUGGAUGUCCUUCAUUCCUGAUCGCAAGGGCUCGCCAAUUCCAAUUCGACCAAGCUCGGAUCCAUGGGAUCGUGACAUUACCUACUACCCACCUAAACAAACGUAUGAUGUGCGAUGGCUCAUUGGUGGUAAGGAGGACGAAGAAGGCUAUCUCUCCGGUCUCUUCGACAAGGGCACCUUCCAAGAAACUCUCGGAGGCUGGGCUAGGACAGUGGUGGUCGGCCGUGCGAGACUUGGUGGAAUUCCAAUUGGUGUAAUUGCUGUCGAAACUCGUUCCGUGGAUAACAUUACUCCGGCAGAUCCUGCUAAUCCGGAUUCUAUGGAAAUGGUCACAACUGAAGCUGGCGGCGUGUGGUACCCCAACUCCGCUUUCAAGACUGCUCAAGCUUUGAAGGACUUUAACUUCGGUGAACAACUUCCAGUCAUGAUCCUGGCCAACUGGCGUGGUUUCUCUGGUGGCCAGCGCGACAUGUACAACGAGGUCUUGAAAUACGGUUCCUACAUUGUCGAUGCUCUUGUAAAGUAUGAGCAGCCUAUCUUCGUUUAUAUCCCACCAUUUGGCGAACUUCGUGGUGGCUCGUGGGUCGUUAUCGAUCCUACCAUCAACCCUGAUCAAAUGGAGAUGUACGCCGAUGAAGAAUCGCGUGGUGGUGUCCUCGAACCUGAGGGUAUCGUCGGCAUCAAGUAUCGUCGCGAGAAACAGCUAGAAACCAUGGCUCGUCUCGACCCGAUUUAUGGAGAACUUAGGCGGUCGUUUCAGGACGCGUCACUGAGUGCCGAACAAUUAUCCGAAAUCAAGAACAAGAUGACUGAGCGUGAAAACCAACUCCUUCCGGUUUAUCUUCAAAUUGCUCUCCAGUUUGCCGAUCUACACGAUCGUGCCGGUCGCAUGGAGGCGAAGGGAACCAUCCGCAAACCGCUUCAGUGGAAGAACGCGCGACGAUUUUUCUAUUGGCGUCUCCGUCGCCGUCUCAGCGAGGAACUCAUUCUCAAGCGUAUGGCAUCUGUCAGCGCUGAAUCCCAAGUUGGAAGCCCAGAAUCGUCGAGAAGCCCGUCUCCUACCUCCUCACCCGGGCCAGCGAAGCCAACUCUGCGUGAGAAGAAUCUUCUCAUGCUCAGGUCUUGGACUGGCUUACUAGACAAGGACUUCGAGGAUGAGGAUCGCAAGGUUGCUCUUUGGUACGAGGAGAACAAGAAGGUCUUAUACGAGAAGGUCGAAUCCAUGAAGACCAAUAGUGUUGCAAUGCAAGUUGCACAGUUAUUGAUGGGCGACAAGGAGGGUGGUCUGAAGGGAGUGCAGCAGGUGUUGAGCAUGCUGCCACUCGAGGAGAAAGAAUCCGUUUUGAAAUACUUGAGCAGCUCUUAA